AUGGAUCGGAACCAUCUACUUGUAGUUGUUAAAGUGUUGAAAGCUUACAUCGACUUGCUUAUACUUUUGGUCAACUUCGCAAAUUGGGUAAUUGAACAUGAACAAAGAGAUGAUCGGAGGAGAACUUUAAGACAAAGAACAUUCACUAGAUUGCAAAUUAGAUCGAUAGAAAUCCAACGCAUCACACGUGAAAGUGACAUUAUUUGUGCAAAUGAGUUGCGAAUAGAUAGGAAUGCAUUUGCUCUUUUGUGUGAGUUGCUAAAAACACGUGGUGGACUAUUAGAUGAUGGUAACGUGACAAUUGAAGAACAAGUUGCUACAUUUGUAAACAUUUUAGCACAUCACACCAAAAAUAGAUGUCUUCAAGUUAGAUUAUAUAGGUCGGGAGAAACAAUUAGUAGGUAUGUUCAUCGAGUUUUAAGUGCUUUGUUGCGAGUGCAAGACAUUUUGUUUAGCAAACCAACUCCGGUAGAGGAUGAUUGUACCGACAGAAGAUGGAAAUGGUUUAAGGGUUGUCUAGGAGCAAUAAAUGGAACAUACAUUGAAGUGACUGUACAUGAGUCCGAUAAACCACGAUAUCGAACAAGAAAGGGUCAUAUUGCAAUUAAUGUAUUAGGUGCAUGCACUCGGAACAUGAAUUUCAUCUAUGUUUUAUCCGGUUGGGAAGGUUCAGCUACCGAUUCUAGGGUACUACGAGAUGCAGUUACAUAG